AUGGACAAUGUCAACAUUUCGGGGUUGAAGGCGCUGCAGAAUGGGAUAAUAACAUUCGUCAAUGAGCACGUCGCCCGGAAACGGGCGUGCCUUGUUGGAAUUGCGGCCGACGCCUGUGACGACGACGGCGAGGAUCCCCCUGUCGCCCACACCGUCGACGUUGCGUGUGGGACUUCGCUCGGAGAGCCCGGAGGCGGCGUCGACAAGGCAGAUGAGGAGGCAGGAAGGGCGGUGACUCGGACCGCGGAGAAGCACCAGGACAGUAGCGGGGAUCAGAACGCGGAGGAUGAUAACGAGUAUCAGCAAGACGAGCACCAUGGGAAUCGUGAGGAGGAGGAGGAGGAAGAGGAGGAGGAGGAGGAGGAGGAGGAGGAGGAGGAGGAGGAGGAGGCGGAUGAGGAGGAGGAGGAGGAGGAUGAAGAGGAGGAUUGGGGCUCGGCGGAGGAGGAGGCGGAUGUCGGGGAGGCGGAGAAGCAGCAAGUGGGGGAGCAGGACGAAGAGGUGGAGUGGGAGAUACUGGAGGAGGUGGUGGAGUACGAAGACGGAGCGGCGAAAGUCGGCAUGGAGGCGGAUGUUGUGAAAGGGGGAGGGGAUGAUGCCGACGAGGAGAAAGUCGGCGUGGAGGCGGCUACCGGGGGGAGUGAGAAGGUCGUGGUCGGCGAUGUGGUUGGCGACUGGAAGGAAGUUGUCGACAUCGAGGUCGGUGAAGGGGAUACCGCAGCGGCCACGAAGCAGGCAUGCGUGGAAGGGCCAACCGAGGCCACCGCGGUGAAGGCCGUGGGGGAGCGGUCGAGGAAGAAGAAGGCGGCGCGUGGUCAUCCCGGUUCCUCCGCGUCCGGUCGGCAGGCACCGCUGGACGUCGUCGAGCAGCUGCGAACGGAGAACAUGAGGUUGAGGGCCGACAAUGCAUGCCUGCAAAAGUCACUCGGUGAACAGACGGGAUGGGUCGACAUCUUGGCAAAGGCGGUAGCUGGACUCCUCGACAAGCUCACGGGGUUGACCGCCCAGGUCGCCGCCACCGAUAAGAAUGCGGCGAAACGUAUCGAAGACGCCACUUCGGCCAUGUCGACCACCAUUACCGACAUCAUCACUGACAACAUCUCAGAUGCCAUUGGCGCUACGAAGUCGGUCUCCCAAAAGGUAGUGGACUGGUUGAAGGAUAUUGACGAUCCCCAAGGAACGAUGGCAGUCGAACGCGCAAAAGGGGUAACAUGUGUAGUCGAGCACCUGGACGCCGUGUGGAAAGGCUUGGAGGAGACCAUCAUCAGCCACAUCGGCGCCGCGCAAACCAACAUUGCCACCGCGGUUUCACGCAACAUCGUCAUGCCGCUGCCGCCACCUCCUCCUCCCGCCCCAACUCAAGCCAUCCCAGAAGAGUUCCUUAAGGCGUUCAAGGCGGACGUGCUGAAAGCGGUGACGGAGGUCACACAGCAGUCGUUUGUUGCGUCCGGGAUGAAGGGUCAGAAGAGGGUGGCCGGAGGCGGCGGGGGAGACGGAGGCGAUUCAACGAGUGUUAAGCGGAGCAAGGGAGUUGAUGGGAGCCGCGGCGUCGGCGCGGUGGGGCCUGGCGGCUCGCGGACUCAAGGUCAGAGCGUGGUCGACCAGCUCAAGAAACAUGGGGCCAAGGUAAUAAGGUCGCACAGCAAGGGUGAUGGAAUCUGCAGUGCAGAUGGGGGCCCUGCCGACGAGGUUGCCGCUCAAGACGCUGGCCCAACAGCCCCGCCCUUGGUCGCCGACAAUGAGAUCCCAACCGCUCAAACGGCGGUCGAUGGCAGUGCCAGAACCGUCAAGGGACCGUCUGUGGGGGUGGCGGGGACCACGGCGAUUCCCCGCAACCCACCCCCGGCCAGCAGUGCGCCGGUCGGCCAGUCAGCCGCCAACAACGAUGGGCCAGCCCUCGCGGCAACUCCAGCACCAGCAGGCCGGCCUGCCGCCAUGGGCGACGCGAAGGACGCUGCGGCUGACCGCGAUGCUCCGCCCGCCAAUAAGGCGAACUCGCUCAGGGAAAUGCCCCACCACAUAGAGGCCCAUCGCAGGGACGUGCAGCAGCCUCCCGUGGUCGGUGCCGCCCCUCCCGAAACAGCACGUCCCUCUGUCACUCCGCAGGUCGCCGCCGCCACAACGUCCAACGCCCGACCGUCUGCGCCUCUGGUCGCCGCCCGUCCUCCCGCGGACCCAAAGUCCGCAUUGCUUCGCGCCCGGUUAGGCGCACGUAGUGCAGCAGCGCCAACACGGACCCAGCCGGAAGCCGGCUCAAGCGCAACGCCGACGUCAACAGGCAUUGCUGCUCCCACACCCGGUGCAAUUGUUGUCGAUGCGGCGGCAGAGAAGGGCGUGAGUGCAGCGCUAGCCACCGGUGGCGGAGGCGGUGACCCUGCACAGGCGCCGAAAGGCCACAACGACGCCAACCUCGCUGCCAUCUAG